AUGGGGGCGGGUCGGAUCCUGGGGGCCGGGAGCGGCUGGGCUGGGGCUCUGCUAGUGACACUGACGGUGCUGAGAACCCACCUGGCUCAUUGCAUGGAGCCCGAAGCCCGUCUCCCCCCCCCAGGGCGGUUCCUGCACCAGUUCAAGGGUGACUGUCUGUUCACCAACGGCACCGAGCGGGUCCGGUACCUGGUCAGGUGGAUCUACGACCGGCAGCAGAUCGUGCAUUUCGACAGCGACCUGGGGCUGUGGGUGGCGGACACGGAGCUGGGGCGGCCCGAGGCCGAGCAGUGGAACAAGGACCCGGCCGAGCUGGCGUACAGGCGGGGCGAGGCGGACCGGUACUGCCGGCACAACUACAGGGCGUGGGAGUCUUUCACCAUCAACCGGAGAGUUCAGCCCGAGGUGAAAGUUUUCCCCACAAAAUCGGGGUCCGAGCCCCACUCCCACCUGCUGGUUUGCUCGGUGACGGGGUUUUACCCCGGGGGGAUCGAGAUCAAGUGGCUGAAGAACGGGCAGGAGCAGACGGCCGGGGUGGUGUCCACGGAGCUGCUCCAGAACGGAGACUGGACCUUCCAGAUCCUGGUGAUGCUGGAGAUGAGCCCCCGGCGCGGGGACGUCUACACCUGCCAGGUGGAGCACAUCAGCCUGCGGGAACCGCUCGCCGUGCACUGGGAGGCGCAGUCUGACUCCGCCAGGAGCAAGAUGCUGACGGGGGUCGGGGGCUUCGUGCUGGGGCUGAUCUUCCUGGCGCCCGGACUCCUCAUCUACCUGAAGAAUAAGAAAGGGCGCCCCGUUCCCCAACCUGCAGGGCUCCUGCGUUAGAUCCUGGGCGUCGGAUCCCCCGGCCGGCAGGAGUUUCCGUCUGUCUCCCCCAGCCCGGAGAAUGGAGAACCUGGGGCCAGUCCCUUCCUGUCCCUGUCUGCUCCCCGCGCUCUGCCUGGCUCCAGCCCGCGCUGCCCCCGCCUGGGGACCCGUCCCUGCCCCUCAGUCCCAGCAGGGCCCUGGGGUGACCCUAUCACGCUGUCGAGUGGCUCACAAGUGUGGGGACCAAUCUCAGGGCACAGUUAGUACCCGGGGCACCAACCCCACAUUGGCUGAGUUCUG